AUGAAGAUUGCCACUGGAAUUGUUCUGAAAAUAGCAUUUUUCCUUCUUAAUUCUGUUGAAUCAACACCAAGUCGCUAUGAGGAUCAUGAUGCGUAUCAAAUCCAUUUAGCCAGGGAACUAAGAUCGGGUACUUUAGGAACUUCUUCUCGAAAUACAAAAGGAAAUGAAAGUUAUGUGAAUUAUUACGAUGCCCUCAGAGCUCACCAAGCUCACGAUUCACAUCCAACAACGAAUCUUAAUGAGAGAGUCGAAAGUAGUAAUAAGAGUCUACGCAAUAGCAGUAAUAAUAGUGGACGAAAUAGUAAUGCGAAUAGUAACAAUGGACUCCUAAGUCAUGCGUAUACACAUAGUGACAGUGGACGCUCAGAUAUUAAUGGCUAUCAAUAUCUUACAGAUAACGAUUCAAUAUCGAGUCUUUAUCAUAUCGGAAGUAGUAGUGAACGUGGGCGCCCAAGCAAUGUGGAUAGUGAACGUGGACGCCAAAGUAAUACAGAGAGUGAACUUGGACGCCCAAGUAAUGUUAAUAGUAACUAUGGACACCUUAGUAACUCGGAUAAUGAACGUGGACGCCCAAGUAAUGCGGAUAGUAAUUAUGGACGCCUAAGUAAUUAUAUUGAAAAUAGAAGCCCAAUCAAUGCAGAUACACAUAGUAACAAUGUACACUUAAAAAAAAAGAAUCAACAUUUUGCAGAAGACGAAUUACAAAUGGUACUUUACAACGGAAGUAGUAGUGGUCAUAACAAUUGGCCCAAUAGCAAUUCGUACAGUAACAAUGAACGCCCAAGUAACGCGGAUAAUGAACGUGGACGCCCAAGUAAUAUCGAAAGUUACCUUGGCCGCCUAAGUACAGCUGGUGGUGAACGUGGACGCCGAAGUAAUUUGGAUAGUGAACGUGGACGCCAAAGCAAUGUGGAUAGUGAACGUGGACGUCGAAGUAAUUUGGAUAGUGAACGUGGACGCCAAAGCAAUGUGGAUAGUGAACGUGGACGUCGAAGUAAUUUGGAUAGUGAACGUGGACGACGAAGCACUGUGGAUAGUGAACGUGGACGCCGAAGUUAUUUGGAUAGUGAACGUGGACGCCAAAGCAAUGUGGAUAGUGAACGUGGACGCCAAAGCAAUGUGGAUAGUGAACGUGGACGCCAAAGUAAUUUGGAUAGUGAACGUGGACGCCAAAGCAAUGUGGAUAGUGAACGUGGACGCCGAAGUAAUCUGGAUAAUGAACAUGGACGUCCAAGUAAUGCAAAUAAUAAAAAUAGACGCCGAAGUAAUGCUUAUGAUAGUGGAGGCCCAAGUACUCCACAUACACAUAGAUACAGUAGACUCUCAGAUAAUAAUGCGUAUCUAUACCAUGGAGACGAAGAAGCAAUACCGCAUGAACUUGUUCCAAAUACACCAUACAGGCGACUUCGACAACAUUUUCCUGACAAGAGUCCUAUUACACCUAGGGUAACAGAUGCGAAAAUUGACUACCAAAAACAAAAAGAUAUACAGGCGUUGCUAGGAGAAGAAGCCGAUAGACGCAGCAAUUCUUCAAAAGGUGAAGCACUGGCCCCACCAAAUAGUCCAGUUUCUUCAACAGGCCAUUCCUUUAGAUCUUUAGAUAAUACAACCUGUCCAUGUUGGCCAGUCGUGACAGCAUCAAAAUGUGCUAAAUUUAGGGAGAUGACUAACUUAUGA